AGCAAGGAGAGAUCAAAGAGGGUGUCGGUUUGGUUUUGUUCAUAUGUUGGAGGUCUCAGAUGUUAAGGAUAUGGAAAGGAAAUUGAACCAAAUUAGGCUUGACUAUUAUCAUCUCAAGGUGAAAUUGGUAGUGAACAUGAAAAGAGGGAAGGAGGUUGCGGUAGAGAAAGGGAAGGACGCUAUAGAGGAUGUGAUUGCAAAGGAGGGUAUAAGGUUGAAGGAGUUGGAAGUGGCGCCGGAGACAAUACUAGAAAUGAUUACUAUGCCAUUGAUGCCAGAAGGUAUGGUUGAGGAAAGGUUAUCCUUGAAAACUGAUCUGCUCUUAAAAUUUACUCCAAAAGAUAAUGAAGUGGCAUGGCUAAAAUGUAGUAUGGUGGCUGUGGUUCGAUCUUUAGAUAUGGUGAAGAAAAUCUAGAAUGGGCUGGAUGUUGAUUGAUUAAUGGUGAACGUUGCUUUGCUUGGUGGUAGAUAGGUUUUUGAUGAGUUGAAAUUGUAUACAUAUUAAUGUGGAAUUGUUGUCUUGAUAUUAUUGAUAUUUGGAUAAGUUUUAUGAGAUUUUACUGAGUUUUAUGAGACUUUACAUGAUUUUCAUUUUUUGUGCAGAAAAGGAUUUGAAUGCAUAAAAUAAGAGUUUUUAG